AUCAUGCAUGAAGCUUAUGAAGUAUCGCAUUUACUAAAUGCUACAGUCCAAAUAGAAGCAAUUGCUGCUUACGAUGGAAAUCUUUUUUUGGGAACGAGACAGGGGCAUUUGCUUAUGUACUCUUUAUCUUCAAACAAUGGUAAUCAAAAGUAUGAAUUGCAGUUGUUGAGAUACUGCAAAAACUUUAGUAAAAAACCUAUUCAGCAGAUUGAAGUUGUACCAGAGGACAACUUACUGCUUUGCCUUACUGAUAAUGUUUUGUCCUCCUAUGACAUAAAUGGGGUAAAUUUUCCAUUAAUAAAAACCUUUUCUGAAACAAAAGGAGCUUCAAUUUUUGCACUGGACAACAAGUCAGCAACAUCAAUGACUGGUGAAUCAAAUUCUGUAGUUCACCUUUGCGUAGCAGUAAGAAGGAAAUUGCAAUUAUAUUAUGGGAAAAAUGGCGAGUUUAAAAAACAUCUCUUCGAUUUUACUAUACCUGACGUGCCUAAAGUAAUGGCCUGGGGACAGCAAUACUUGUGUGUCGGGUUUAAGGGCGACUACACUUUGUACGAUUUAUCUUCACGUGAACCAAAAGAACUAUUUCCAACUAGUAGUUCCAAAUCACUUGAACCAACUAUAGCUAAAUACUCAGAGACGUCUUUCUUGCUUGGUCGUGAUAACACAUCUGUGCUUGUAGAAGAGGCUCAGGAAAUUGAGAUCAAGAAGACAAUCAAAUGGCGAGAAGCCCCAAUUGCUGUUGUCUGGGAUGAGCCAUUUGUACUUGGUUUGAUGCAAGAUCAGGUAGUGGUGCAAACAGUUGAACCUGCGUUAUUUAUACAAACUUUACCAGAUUUAAAUAAAGCAAGACUUAUGUAUAGAUGCAAGCGUGGUUUAAUAUUUGUGUCCUCAGUUGGACAAGUAUGGUGCUUGAGCUCUGUGGAUGUCACUAAACAAAGGCAGCAAUUGUUAAAGGAUAAGCAGUUUCAAAUUGCAAUAGAUUUAACAAAUUUGUCAGAAUGUUCAGCAGAAGAAAAGAAGCAAACGAUACAUUCCAUACAAAUGCUGUACGCUCUCGAACUGUUCGAUAUCAAACAGUACUCGCAGUCUAUGAAAGAGUUUAUAAAACUGAACACUGACCCGGCUGACGUUAUUAAACUGUUUCCGGAACUCGAUAACAAACCGGGCGCCGAUAACACAAAGAAAUUAAAAGGAAAAGACUUAGAGAACGCCUUGAACGCCUUGAUAGAAUAUUUAGUUGAACUGAGAUUAAAAAUUUUAAAAAAUACGAAUGACGCAAGCGGAAGUAAGGAGGAAGCGUCGGUACAAAGGAAUGUUACUCAACAACUGGAGUUGAUUGAUACAACACUGUUGAAGUGCUACUUGCAGACGAACGACGCGUUCGUGGCGCCUCUGCUGCGCCUAAACAACUGCCGGCUGGAGGAGGCGGAGCGCACGCUGCAGGCGCACGGCAAGCACAGCGAGCUCAUCAUCCUCUACCAGACCAAGGGCCAGCACACGCGCGCGCUGCAGCUGCUGCGCGAGCAGGCGGCGCAGGCGGACUCCUCGCUGCGGGGCUACCACCGCACCAAGCACUACCUGCAGCACCUCGGUGCCGAACAUAUCAAUUUGAUAUUUAAAUUCUCAGAUUGGAUAUUAAAGGAACACCCAGAGGAAGGCUUAAAAAUAUUUACUGAAGAUAUUGUCGAAGUGGAAAAUUUACCUCGCGCUAAAGUACUGGAUUUCCUUUUGAGAGAACACGAGACAUUGGUGAUUCCGUACCUAGAGCACGUUAUACACACUUGGAAUGAUACGAACCCAUUGUUUCACGACGCUUUAAUUAGUAUGUAUAGAGAGAAAAUAACAGACAAAAAAGCAAACUCUACAGAAGAAGAAUUACAGCAUAUAAAAUCUAAAUUAGUGGCAUUUUUGGAAAAAUCAUCGCACUAUACGCCCGAAAGGGUCAUAUUACAUUUUCCAAAUGAUACCCUAUUUGAAGAAAGAGCCAUUAUUUUGGGCAAACUCGGAAGACAUGAACAGGCACUGGCUAUUUAUGUCCAGAUACUUGGUGACGUCGAUAGAGCGAUUCGCUACUGUGAAAAUAUAGGAGAGAAGUCAAACGACAAAAAUGUCGACGUGUACGUUAUUUUGAUGAGGAUACUCAUGAACCCGGAUCAGUGUACGUCAUUGAUCGGACCGCUGUCCAAUGUACAGAGACAUCCGAAGUCGACCGUCCCAGAUCUGGAGACGGCUCUUAGUAUAUUAGAGAAACAUGCUGAUAAAAUAUCACCAAUAAAGGCGCUGGCGGUGCUGCCGGACGGCGUGUCGCUGUCGCGGCUGGCGCGCUUCGUGGCGGGCGCGCUGCAGCGGCAGCUCGCGCUCAAGCGCCGCACGCAGCUGCUCAAGGGGCUGCUGUACGCCGAGCACCUGCAGGUUCAAGAAAUGAAGCAAUUCCACGAAUCUAAAAGCAUAGUAAUAAAUGACUACAAUGUGUGUCCGGUUUGUAAGAAGCGUUUCGUUAACCAAAGCGCUUUUGUCCGCUAUCCCAAUGGAGACAUCGUCCAUUACUCGUGUAGAGUUGAUAAAUAACAGGAAUUGUAAAUUAAAUAAUAUAAUCUCUUAAUGUA